CAACCACCAGUGGCUAUUUCUCUCAUUCUCUUCUCGAGAGAACUAGAGGAUUUUUACUUCACCUGAGUUCAGAGAAGAUUACGCGAAACACCGAGCUCUGUAGCUACAAAUGGCGGCGGCGAGGAGUGCUCUUCUGAAAUACUUGAGAGUAAAGGUGAAUCCCAUAUCCCAAAACCCUAGACCUAGCACAGAUCUCUUUGCCCUCUCCUUCAACGCUAUACGGCGUCAUUUCUCAGAGGAUGUAAGGGGUUCAUUCCUUGAUAAAUCUGAGGUCACGGAUCGUGUAAUCUCCGUCGUAAAGAAUUUCGGAAAAGUUGAUCCCUCCAAGGUAAUGCCACUUUAAUUACGCCCAAGGUUUCCGG